AUGGUGAAUGAAGGAGGUGCUGAUGUCUGCGAGAAUUUUGAGGGGUCAGAGGUCCUCCUCGCCCUCCGCACGCUGGUGAAAGAGCUACGCUCGAUCGAGGUUCCUUCGCUCAAGGAGUUCGCCCUGGCAUUCCAGGCGGCGUUUGAGACCUCCUGGCACUCGCUGUCAGCCUGGUUCUCGGUCCUAACGCUCUUCCUCUCGCCCGUGCUCCAGUCCGUGGCGGUGCUCGCGUGGGCCGUAUGGCCCCACGCCCAGACCGCAGCCGUCACCCUCUGGAAGUACCAGGCUUCUCUGCCGGCCUCCACGCUGUGCGCCGAGGCAGCCGCCGUCGUACUAUUCGUCGCGCUCAUCCUCCUGCGGCGCUUCAUCGUGCGGCAGCGGUACAUACCCCGCGCCCGUCGCCGGGUGCGCAACUUCCGCGCCAGGAUCAACACCGUCUACGUGUCCUUCACGGCGUCGGUCGAGCGGAACCUGCGGCUCUCCGCGCGCGCGUUCCCCCACGUGGUCUACUGGACGGCCGCGGCCUCCUUCGCGUGGCUGGCCCCCGGCCUGACCGGAAGCCUCCGGGACAAGUUCUGGGUGUUUGCGACGGCCACUUGGCCGACCCUCUACGCCGUCUACCUGGUACUCCUGGUCAGGAGCCAGAACGCGGUUAACGACGAGGAUAGCGCCGGCGGCAGCUCUGUUAACGGGACUCCAGGUGGCGCUGGCACAAGGGGGACGGCGGCAAAAGCACCACUUUUGUAUGCGCCGGGAGCGAGGACACCACGGGAGGGCACGCCCAGGGCGGGCACCGGGGCGGGCACGCCGGCUAGGUCGGGGAUGGCGCGCGGCUCUGGCGUGAUGCCGCAAGACGUGGACCGGGUGUUGAUGUACUGGGUUGUGUUCACGGUGGCGAGGUGCUGGGGUUUGCUGGCGGCGUACGUGCCGGAGACAUUCUUCACGCCGUACGUGCGUACCGUCACGUUUUUCUUGGCGCUGUGGAUGCACCUUCCGGGGCCUGGUAGCGGGGUGCAGGUUGUGUACGCCUGGCUGGAGCCGCUUGUUCACACGUAUGUGAAGGACCUACGCAUGCCCCAGAAUGGCUACACCGGGACGCUGAAGAGAGUUCAAGAACUACUGGUGUUCGUUCGGCUGCUGACAGAGGAGAAGGCGGAGUUGCUUGUCGACAACAUCACUGACAGCUGGAUGCUGGUGCCGGCGCUGGCCUUCUUCUUGACUCCGUCCUUCAUGACCGAGCUCGCCUGCCUGUACACUGGACUGGUGAUCCCCUCGUUCAACUCCAUCAAGGUGAUGCUACCGCCCCCUUUGGGGGGCAGCAGGGUCUGA